AUGUCUAUACAAGUGGAAAAUAAUUUGAAUACUGAAGAACACAAGGAUAAAUUUGAACAGACAACUCAUUAUAUACCUUGUAAAAUAGACUCUGACGGUCCUGCUAAUGUAGAAAAAUAUUUUGUUCCGUACAUUGUUGAUAAGGAUGGAGAACUGACAGCAUCAUUCCGAGGGCAUUCUUUAGAUGGUAAAAAGAUGACUCUACCAGAAGGUUACAGAGCUGUUACAGUUACAGAAACCAAAAGGCCAUUGGCCGAAGAUGCAGAGAGAAAGUUCCUAGUGACGGGUGGCUUCAAGGAAUUCACAUAUUGGAACUGGGACCAGAAACCUACAAAGAACGACAGAAUGGAGAGAGCAUUUGACUGGAUUGAUAUCAGUGAUGCUAUACAUGGAGACUGA